CCACUGGAAGCUGAGGGCUGACUGGGAAGCUGGAGCAGCCGCGCUUUGUUGGCCGCCGGCGGCGUAGCAUCAGUGAACAAAACGAAGCAAAAAGAUCAAACCUCAUAUUUCUCCUAAGAGCAGACAUGGGAUGCGUGUGGGGAGGGAUUGGUAAUUCAUCGCUGAGUUAGCUGGCUGGGGCUUUUUUUUUUUUUUUUAAUCCAACACUAUGGCUAAGCAGUACGAUGUGCUCUUCCGACUCCUGCUUCUCGGAGAUUCUGGGGUUGGGAAAACAUGUUUGUUAUGCAGAUUCACGGACAACGAAUUUCACCCGUCUCACAUCUCCACCAUCGGAGUCGAUUUCAAAAUGAAGACACUGUUAAUAGAUGGUAUCAAAGUGCGGAUACAGAUAUGGGAUACCGCAGGCCAGGAGAGGUACCAGACCAUCACUAAGCAGUACUACAGGCGAGCACAGGGAAUCUUCCUGGUGUAUGACAUUACAAGUGAACGAUCCUUCCAACACAUCAUGAAGUGGGCCAGUGAUGUGGACGAGUAUGCUCCCGACAAAGUCCAGAAGAUCCUAGUAGGGAACAAGUCAGAUGAGGUGGACAAGAGGCAGGUGGCCACUGAGCAGGGUAAUAAGCUGGCCAAAGCUUACGGAAUGGACUUUUUUGAGACAAGUGCCUUCACCAACCAUAAUAUAACAGAGACUUUCACACGAUUGGCUGAGCUGGUGCUUGCAGCCAAUAGAAAGGACCUGGAUCUCCUCCGGACGUCCAUCAACGACGAGCUGAACCUCACCACCCUGGAGGAAGAGGAGGGACUCUGUGACGCCGCGGCAGCUGACCAAAACAAGGGCUGCUGGUGUUAAAAAAGUACCUUGACUUGAAGUUUAGUUAAAUGUGUGUCUUCUCCAGACAGUUGGUGCAUUUUUGGGGUAAAAAGGUUUCUCUUCCUCUUAGGUGGGGAAAUAAGAGGUGCAGUUUAGCAAUUUAGACUUAAGAGGAAACUUUUCCCCACAAAGUGCCAAGUGUUUGGUAAAGAAACUUAACCAACUGAAAGUCAAAAUGUGAAAGUGUCCGCUUGUGGGAAUGCUCAGCGGCUAAAGCACUAACCUGCUGUUCAACACGUGAACACAUACAGUCUCAAUCCGUUCACAUACAUCUGAAAAGAAUGGAAUACAACAAUACGGCCUUGUUGAAAGCUACUGAAGAUAUUUGACAGCUUUUCGAAAAUUUGUACAAUAGUCUUGAAGUAGAGGGUAGUGGAGGUUUAGAAUUGCCCACUAGUGACUUUUCAUAAUGUUGUAUUUCAAAUAUUGAUUUCCAGACAUUUGCUUUGCAAAUCGAUAAUGCGAUUGAUUUCAUUUGGUCUUCGUCCACCCCUUUGGUUAUUUACCUUUUUGUAGCUAAUAGUGCUCAUCUACCGUCUUUCUACUAUUGUAUGCAUUAGAUGUGGUCUUAGAAUUAGCCACAAGAGGGUGCUACAUGCAUUGCAGAAACAGUAGACAUACCAGAGAGCUGUUCAGUGAUGCUAGUACACUGUUUUUUUGUUUGUUUUGUGGUUGCAUGUGGCUAUCUUUGAGAUGACAGAUGACCUAAACAUAUGCAGUCGUUUUAUUUUUCACAGUUUUCAUGCAAACUUGAGCAACACAAGCAGAUACACAGCUGGUAAUCUUAGUCAUCCAUAUAGGGUCACACGUACAUUCAAAUAAUUAGCAUAAUUCAAGCAUACUAUUUACAAUUGUUAUUUGAGAGAUGCAGUGAAUCAAAAGUGAUUCCACUGCCCUGUGACAGAAGAGAAUAUAUUUAUUUUUCAUUUUAUACACAGAAUACGACUUGUUUAGAGCAGAAAAUACAUUAUUCCAUGGUAAUCACAGUUGGUACUUUGACUGGUACAUGAUCCAUAGCAUUGUACAUACAAGGUUUUUGAGAGCAUCCUGGGUUGUUAGAAUCAUGAACAUAGGACAUGAAUUUAAUGUAUUACCAUUAGAGGGCUGUAUAAAAAUGUCCACAGUGAUAUAGAUGGUCUAAAAUGUUCCGUCUGUGACUAUACUGUCUCUUGGUCAUUCUGUUCUUUUGCACUAUUUUUUUUUUCUUCUUUUUUUUCUUUUUUACAGAGUACUGUGGAGUUCCAUUUAAAUAUGUUUUUCUCUUUUUUUUUUUUUUUUCCAGAUUUAGCAAGGGACAAGCGAGAAAUUUGCAUGCAAUCCCAGUCUUCUUUAAUUUCUUUUAUUGCAACUUCAGUGAAGUUAAUAAUCAACUGACCGUAAUACAAGUAUAGCAUUUGACCAGAGUUGCCUGUUGGAGACUUAUACAGACUGAAGAUCAUACAACUAACUUUGGCUAAAUUUUUUUGCAACUUACUGUUACUCAAUGCUAUUCAAAACAACUGUUUAUGUGUGCAAAUGAAACGGCAGUAUGUUGUACUGAAUGAUAUUCUGGACUAUGCUCUAGAUACUUAAUGUAUCUGUGUUGUUUGAUGAACUUUUUCUCUUUCUUUUAGACUACUUGAAUUGUAUUUGUGGAAAUAUAUUAUGUGCGACAUGUAAAAUGCAACAUGUUAUUCUUGAAAAAGAGAUGUCAAAUGUUUAUGAUUAAAUACUUGCAGAUAAA